GCAGAAAUCAACCAUUGGUUUCCAACUCCUCAGCAAUGUCGGCCACAUUGAAGCUGUUCCAGCCACCGGAUUGGCUCAGAGACUCAGUGAAUGGCUCCACCUUUUCGUACCAUUGUUCCGGGCCUCAGCACGCAAUCUCCCAUCGCGCCUCAGUUGAGCUGUGAACACUGACAUGGUUGGUUGUCCCGCUAUUUUCACCGCCUCAGCCAAUGUGACCAAGGGAACGCUGCCGUCGAAUGCCUAAGAAAUAGACACAUCGAUGCAAUAAGUGAUUGAUCAAAAGUGCUCAGUGUCCGGAAUUGUGCAUGGAUUUGUGCAGAAAACAAUAGUGACUCGGGCAUUUUUCCUGUGAACUGCAAGUGAAUGAUUCGGCAAGAGACUGAAACUUGAAAAUUAGAAAUGGUGUCGUACUAUCACAAUCUGGCAAUGUAUCCCAAGAAUCCGUGCAGCAACCUCUACCCGGCGCCCAACCACCAUUGGUACGCCGCGACGAACUAUCAUCAGCCCCCCAAUCCUCAGCUCUUCGGGUCAGAUCCCGAUCCUCAGGCGCAGCAGAUGUACUACACACAUCACGCCAUGUUCCACCAGAGCAGCCCCGACUGGCCGAGCCACGACAACUUUUCCCCGCCGCAGAACAGCCUGCUCCACCAGAGCACCACCAGCGGCUCCGCCACGCCGGGCCUGCACCUCAGCCAUGGCCCUCCCGGCGGCAUGGGGCAGUCGGGCGAACACAUGAGCACCGAUGGGCUCACCAAUAUCCCCUCGCCGCCCAUCACUGUGUCCGGCAGCGAGAUGUCUAGCCCCGGAGCCGCCAAUGGGGCUGGAUCGCCGCACACAGCGUCCCGGCCGACGCCCGCCAAGAGUCCCUAUGAGUGGAUGAAGAAGUCAUCGUAUCAGAAUCAGACGAAUCCAGGACGAGUCAACAUUUGUUCUGCACCUUCACUGCAAGAUUUUUCACCUCUGGAUCCAAGUGGCAAAACCCGGACGAAGGACAAGUACCGCGUUGUGUACACGGACUACCAGAGGCUGGAGCUGGAGAAGGAGUACCACACGUCCAAGUACAUCACGAUCCGACGGAAGACGGAACUGGCGCAGGCUUUGUCGCUGUCGGAGCGCCAGGUGAAGAUAUGGUUCCAGAAUCGGCGCGCUAAGGAGCGCAAGCAGACCAAGAAGCACGAAUCGAAUCCGUCGGCGGGUCAGAACCACUCGAGCGCCCUGGGCAGCAUCAUGGAGACGAAGCCCAAGAUCGAGCCGCUGCAUCUGCAGCACCACUCGGCGCUGCAUCAGAUGAGCGCCAUGAGCAUGGGCAUGGGACCCAUGAGCCUCCACGCGCACUCCCUCCAUCACAGCCCCUUCGGCAUGACGCCGCCGCCGCCUUCCACGCCCGGCCAGCACCUACACGGGCCGCAAGUGAGUCAGCCGGCCGGCUCGGCGGGCGCCCUCAUCUGAUUUCGCUGGCGCCACGCGAAGAGAGAAAAAUAUGAGAUUUCUUAGUGACAUUAUUUAUCAUCUGGACACCUCCUCCGGCCGUCGGUCCGGGGGAGUUAAUCACACACUUUGAGAGAGUUUUUCGCCCCCACAACCACGGAAUAUGCGAGAGAGAGAAGCGAAUUAUUCUAAAGUAAUACUUAAGAUAUGGUUCUACUUCGUAAGGUUUUGCCUUAAUGUAAAUUCUAGGAGUUACACACACCCAUUCAUUGUUUCCCUUUUCUAAUUGUUAACGAACUUUUUCUUAAAGUCUCUUCUUUCGGAUGCGCGGCACUUAUUUAACAAGGAGGUAUUCUUAGGUAAUUAUUAUUUAAAUAAAUGGAGAAAAAACACGCCAUAGCUGAGGAAAGAAGAAAACUGUUGAAAAUCCCUUCUCUAUAACUUCUAUUCACAUCUUAUUCUAUCAUUAGAAUUAUAUUUAAAGAGAAAAAAUUAGUUUGUAGUUUAUACUCAAGUUAAAGUAAAAAAAAAACAAUCUUUUCGUAGUUUUAAGCAUCUCAUCCCGUCCCCUAAAUAUUUCUUUCUAAAUAAAUGUGCAAUUUUUCGUUGUAAAUAUCCAUCAUCUUCAAUUAUGAUUAACAU